CAUCAUAGCUAGUGCUAGCUAGUUUUUCUAGUUAGUCGGCGUUUUCCUUUAGUGGUCGUGUUCCGUGUGUUGGCACAACCAGCAUUGUAAAUUGUAGCUACCUAUGUUACUAAUUUACUAAUGGACUGUAGGUUACAACACACGAGACGUGUUGGUGAAUUACACCAAUAGUGUCGUUAUUUGAGGGACCUCUUCAUUUAGACAUGAUGGACAACGGAGAUUUCACCGUCCCAAAAUGGGAAGAGUUAGAUUGCAAGUGUCCUGACGAGUCAAACGAAGACCACAGCAGAUGCUCAACUCCUGCUUCUGCGGUUACUGAUGAUGGCAGCAUAAAGAGUGUUUCAGAGUCCAUACUAUUUAAACAACUUCAUUCUGAGAUAGAUGUUACCCAAUGCUUACUAUCAGGGACCAAUGGGCUGGAAGCCUACCUUCAUUCUAAAGUAAAGCCAAUGUUAGAGCAAAUACACGCAGCGGCAAACAAAGUGGUGGUCAACUGUAAGGAUGUAGGUGAUCUGAGGAAAGGCCCCCAGGACAGAAACAUCCUUCUGCACUGCCCCUCUCUACAAGAGCUUCUUUUAAAGUUGGGCUUUAGCAAGAACACGGAGGAAAUCCAAGACUACUUGAUCUCGUCUGACCGUGUGUGCUGGCUCUCUGAAAUUGAGGCCCUGAAAAUGGAGCUGAAAGACACCCAGUGUCGACACGAGGCUGUGGUGAAGGGCCUCCACCUCUCCCUGCGCUCCACGGAGCAGAAGAACAAGAACUCCCAGAUGGUGCUACAGAGAAGCCUCGGCCAGUCCCAGGAGAAGCUCCACUCCCUGGAGCAAAGCCUGAAGGAGUACGACGUGGAGGUGGCCUCCUUGCAGCACAAUCUGAUGGAGUCCAAUGACAAGUCCCAGAGCCUGCUGAAAUCUCUACGGGCUGCCAACAUCAGGAUCCAGUCCUCGCAGCAGGAUCAGGAAGAGUCUGAGAAGAGAGUCCAGAACCUGCAGCUCGAUCUCGUGGUCACCAAAGAGAACAACCAGGUCCUGCAGGAGAAAUUGGUUUUCUCAGAUGAAAACGUCAAGUCUCUCAGGCAGAACGUCAGCGAUUUAGAGAACGAGUUCCGGCACCGCCAGUGGGCCUCUGAGGAGAAGGUGAAAUCCUUGCAGCAGGCCCUGAGCUCCUCCGAGCAAGAGGCUGCGUCACUCCAGCAAAGCCUGAAGACAUCAGAGGAGAAGGUAGUGUCCCUUCAAAACAACCACUGGGCAUCGGAGGAGAAACUCCAAUCCGUGCAGGAGAACCUCAGCUCCUCCGAGGGGAGAGCCAGGUUCCUGCAGAACUCCCUCAGGACCACCGAGGAGAAGUCCAAGCUCCUGAACGAGUCCCUCGGGGCCUCGGAGGAGAAGGCCCAGGCAUUGCAGGAGUCCCUGGCCGUCAGAGAGCAGCAGCUGAGCGUGGCCAUGGCCCAGAGGCAGUCCCUGGAGAAGUGCAAAGGCCAGCAAGAAGACAGAAUCCAGAGCCUAGUGCAGUCUCUCGCAGCUGUGGAUAAGCAUCACAGUACCACAGUGCUGGAGAUGGAGAAGUCUGUGAUGAGCUCCAGGGAGAAGGUGGAGAUUCUCCAGGGCGCCCUGGACAGGGCUGACUCUAUGCACCAGAGGGAGGUGGGGCAGCUUCAACAGAUACUAAACAGGACUGUCCAGAAAAAAGACGCCAUCGAACAAGAGCUCCGUGGUAAUGUGUCUAUCUUGAGCAGUAAGUUACUAGAAGAAGAGACCAAGGCAAGCAAAGAGAUUGAGAGAUCUUUCAAAUAUGAGAGAGAACUGCAGGACACUAUCAUGGACCUCAGGCAGAAGCUUAAGGCGCAAACGGACGGGAGAGAGUUUGCUCAGGAGAGCCUCAAGUCGCGUCAGAAGGAACUGGCAGAGCUGCAGCGCCUCCUAGAGGUGGACCUGCUGAGGUGCAGAAGCUCCUGCCAGCAGGCCAAGGAACAGAAGAGCCCGACGAACAUCCGCCAGAGCAACUUGAAGGUGGACUUGAUGAACCUGAAGUCCGGCCUGUACUCAGUCCUGGAGAAGGAGAGCGUGAAAGAUGAGCAGAGGAGGCAGGACUGGGUGAAGGUCCUGGACAAGAGCAAGGAAUGGGAGCAGAGGGCAGAGAAACUGGUGGACAGUCUAGAUUGUCACCAGCUGUUGAAGGAGGGAGGGAAGGAGAGGGACCAGCAUCGAGGCGGAGGAUCGCCCUACUUUGCUGCUUCCCUGCCCCAGAGGAAUCGCUCCUCAAGACCUUCCUCUCCUUACACUUAUGGUCAUAAAUCUGUCGAGGAGAAGCAGUUUGAUUCCGGCUCCCAGUGGGGUGUUAGAGAUUCUGGAUGCGUUCGUCAUUUACAGACUGUCCAAAAAAGAUUGAAGCACCUGCAGUCAGUGGAUUUCCAGAGGAGUAUCAAGGGUUUGCUCAGGAUGUCAUAACCAUCAAGACGAAUCCAAGAUUUGUUCAGUCUUGUGACUGGGGUCAUUUAACUUGAAAUAAACUGUUGGUUCAAAAAACAACACAA